AUGGAGUCUUUCUCCAUUUUACUAUCUUCUUCUCCACCCAUCCAAAACCACCCGAGAACCCUGAAAUCCAAUACCUGUAAACCCAAUUCUCAUCAAACCAGUUUUCCUUUCUCCAAAAAAUCUUCUCUCCAAAAUCCUCUCUCGCUUCUCAAAAACCCUCUCUCAAAUAAAACCACUCUUUCUUUCACUACCAUUCAGCUCUACACUUCUCUUCCUAGCCUAGCUUCUGAAACUCUAACCUCCCAAACUGAGCAAGUUUCAGACAAAAUAAACUUGGAAUCGAUCUUGGUCUCAAUUGAUGACUUCUUGAACAGAAACCCAUUUUUUGUAGCUGGCUGUACAUUCAUUUGGCUUAUUGUUAUACCUCUAACUGAAGAGUACUUGAGAAAGUAUAAGUUUAUCUCUGCCAUUGAUGCAUUUAGGAAACUCCGGGAUAACCCGGAUGCGCAGCUUUUGGAUAUUCGGGACAGGAGGAGCGUCGUCGCUUUGAGGUCUCCCAGUUUGAAGAUGUUCAAUAAGAGUGUGGUUCAGGUUGAGUUCUCUGAGGGAGAUGAAGAUGGGUUUUUGAAGAAUGUUUUGGAGAAUUUUCAAGACCCAGCAAAUACCACCUUGUGUAUUUUGGACAAUUUUGAUGGUGAUUCAGUGAGAGUGGCUGAGUUGCUGUUCAAGAACGGAUUUAAAGAGGCAUACGCAAUUAGGGGCGGAGUCAGGGGCAAAAAAGGCUGGUUGGAUAUACAGGAAACCCUUUUGCCACCUCCUGUACAUAUGAAGCCUAAGAAGAAGAAGAAGAAGAAGAAGAAGGCUAAAACUUCACAACUUGGAGUUAAUGGAGGAGUUGCUCAGCAAAAUGAUGGUGAGGAUGGCAUACCCUCUUCUACUAAUCUCCCUCUGGAAGAAAGCCAAAGUGUGGACAAUGGGCAUGUAAACAAGCCUAUGAAAUCCAUACCUCAUCUGGAAAUUGAUUUCAGAUCUCCUUACCCUAAUUACCCAGAUUUAAAACCUCCAUCUUCCCCAACACCGUCAAAGCCAUGA